AUGUGCGCGCGACCGGCCGAGCGUUCAGCCCGCGCCCCGGCUCCAAACGUUUACCUUCUAGAUUUCCUCGCAGUUGAUGUUCUUUUGUUUCACAUCAAAGAUAACAGAUCCUUACUCUUCAGUAUUGAGAUGGUUUCAGCUGUUCCAGUCGCCGGUCUAAGCCUCCAAGUCAACAAGAGGAGGAGGGUCGUAGUCGUAGGAUCGUUUGGGGCGUCGGUGCUGCCGGACGAGCUGACGACGGAGGUGCUCCUGCAGCUGCCCGUCAAAUCCAUCAUGCGCUUCCGCGCCGUGUGCCGCUCCUGGGCCUCGAUGCUCUCCUCCGAGGAGUUCUGCAGCCUCUACAUUGCCAAGGCCGAGGAGGCGCCACCUAAGCUCAUAUUCAUCUCACCGUCAGUGACAUUCGACUCCAUAGGAGUGUACUCAAGCUCGUUCCCCACCGACGGCCCGCUGUUCACCCUCAACGACGUGUGUGGCGACUUUGCGGCCUUAACUCCUUCGCCAUGCCGUGGCCUCACCCUCUUGCACGACGAGUUGGCGCCAGCCUACUACGUAUUCAAUGCGGUCACACGGGCGCUCACCAGGUUGCCUCCUUGCCAGCAGUACAAGGUGGUGAGGUUGUUCCUCGGGGAACUGAAAGAGAAGCAGAGGAUCAGGUGCGAGGUGUACGUCCUUGGUGGCGAGCAAGGGGAUCGCUGGAGACCGGCUGCUGGAGGUGUGCCCUUCAGACGGCCAAGAGCUGUUGUCUUAUCAUUUUCUCUCAACUAUGAGACCUUCGGCUGGGUCCCGUCACCACCUUUCGAGAUACCACGAAGAGGAGUGCACUUGGUGGAGCUUGGUGAACGCUUGUGUAUGGUUCGGGAUCUUCAUCCUCAAGACAAUAAUAUGUUGGAGAUUUGGAACUACAGCUCUAGUGAUUGGUCACUGCAGCAUAGCAUUGAUUUGUCGCACAACGUUGGAGGAGAUUUGAUCAGUAGCGCACAGGUUAUUAGAGUUAUUGGUUCUGUUCGCGAUUGUGGAUCAACGGACAAGGUAAUCUUGGCCACUUCCAAACACAAGAUGAUUACCUAUGACCCAUCGUCUGGGAUCCUGGAGGCCAUUGACGGUAUAAGGGAAACUUCAUUAUAUGAAGCUGAUGAGCAAUCUGCUCCCAGAUUCAGUUUAUUCAAAGAGAGUCUUGCUCCGGUACACAAAACAAACCAAGAGACGGCAUUAUCGACUCCCCUAGCUAUGGCGAUCAAGGAGGUCCUGCUCCGGCUCCCGGGUGAUUAUGUCGCGCAGUUCAAACUUGUAUGUAAGCAGUGGCUUAGCUUAAUUGAGAGUGGAGGCUUCAUUCGCUCUUUCCAUGUGCACAACAAUGUGGAUAAGAGGCCAAAAGUAAUGUUUGUUGGCAAGGGAACUGGAGGAUUGGGUUUCAGCUUUGCUCCCUCUAAGAGAUUACUUCGCCAAGGCGCUUGGCUUGACAGAAAGGUGGUUUGCUCUAAGCCUUGCCAUGGUUUGAACCUGGUAAGUUGUGAGAUAGAGGACUAUCUAUACAAUCCUUGCACAAGUUAUCACCUGACCUACCCUGCUAUAGUGCCGCCACACCGAGUGCCCCGCCAUGUACUCGCAAUGAUGCAUGGCAAUGUUUGUACACCAGAAGAUCACACUUUUGCAGUUGGCAACAAGAAUUCUGGCCUGGGAUUCAACUUGUUGACACAGGAGCAUGUCGUCGUUCAGAUUUUCUAUCAUCUCAAGGACUUCAAAUCUCGUCAGUAUUUCUUGACAUGCUCAGUCAUUGACCUCACGUCGGCCCAAGACCACCAUGAACCGCCUCUGCCCUUAAAUGGCAUGCCACCGGCCUAUUUGUCAGGGGCUCUAUAUUGGAUGAGUGAGCCAAGGUUGGGCCAGAGUUAUGAGAGGGCCAUUGUCUCGUUGGACGUCGCAAACGAGAGGUUUGGUGUCAUCCCUUGCCCUUCAUCCAUUGCAAUGUGGAGCGACACAAGUCCUAAUCAAGCAUUUGUGGUCGAGCUAGAGGGAAUACUGUGUGUUGUCCUUGCAGAUCCAGUUGCACAAGAAAUAGAUAUUUGGAAGCUAGAGCAAGAUCAAUGCGACAGAGCAUAUAAAAUCUAUUUGGAAGGUUGUCCAGGCUAUUCCCCUGCGGAAAAUGUUGUGGUCCCGUUGAUUAUUGACCCCAAAGACGGGAGAAUCUUGCUCGACACAGGGAGGAAAAUGGGUCUUUAUGAUCCGGUGAGGCGCACAAUUGAGAACUUGUAUGAUCUUGACGAGGACAAGGGUAUGCAUGAAUGA